CUUCCUCCGCUCUUCUCCCAACAGAGACGUCGACGGAAGAAGCAGCAAUGGCCUCCGGCCCCGAGUCCGACCCACCCUCGCCGCCCCUUUCCCUCCUCGGCGCCAUGCUCCUCGGCCUGCUGUCGCGACAGGAGCCGAGCCUCGAUGCCCCGACCCACGCGAUCGCCAUCUUCGACGACCCCGCCGCCGCCGCCACCCGGACCCUCUUCGCGUUCCGCGGCGCCCCUCCUGACCUCGGCCCCCUGCUCGAGGCCAAAUCGGGCCCGCCGCCGGCGUCGAGGGCCUCGAUCGACGCGCUGCCGAGGGCCCCGGUUGCGGAGGACGGCGGGGAGAGCGGCGAUUGCGCAAUCUGCCUGGAGGAGCACGCGGUCGGCGACGAGGCGAGGGAGAUGCCGUGCCGGCACAGGUUCCACUCGGGCUGCAUCGAGAAGUGGCUGUCGAUGCACGGGACUUGCCCCGUCUGCCGGUUCGCGAUGCCGCCGGAGGAGGACGCGAAGGUUCCCGACGAAGGCGGCGAGGAUCGGGCUCGAAGCCGGAGGCCGAUCGUCGUGGUGCUCGUGAUUAAUGGCCGGGUCGCGAGUAAUACGGGCUCGGGUCACGAACGGAGUCCGGGAUCAGACGACAGUGGAAGUGUUGAUAGUUCGCCAGCUCAGGACACGGACUCGUGAUCGGUGGAGACGAUAUAGAUGGUUGCUUUUAGAGAUUUUUUUUUUCUUUUUUUUUUUCGUGAUAAAUUUAUAUUAGAGCUAAAUUUAUAUUGCAAGUCCGUGUGUCCGAGGAAUUCGAUUGGGAUUUGUUCUUUUCUUCGUUUCGAAUUCGAUUGGGAUUGGUUGUAUAUUUCGCAAUAGAUGUGAGUCUUAGCACUCAAAAGGAUUAAUUAAGCUGUCGACAUAACUUCCCCAUA